AUGUCUCUGAAGCGCAAGCGAGACAUGAGUCAGAUCUUUCGGUCUAGGGCCCUUACGUUCAUAAUCGGCAAAGAUCAGGUCGAACAUACAGGCCACGAAAUUGUCUUCCUUGCCUUAUCCCCAUCUUUCAAGAAUUUCAUCAAACAGAGAACCGCCGUUCGAGUUGACGUUGCCAACCGAGUCGUCAACAGAAAACACUCAUCUCUCGUGACCUGGUCUGACAUCGAGCCCGCUACUUUUGUCAACUUGACGGAGUACGCCUAUUCUCGCGAUUACACGGUGCCUGCUCUGUCGCAGUCCUACCGGAACGUCGCUUCCAAAGCGGUCAAGGGAAAGCAUGGGGGUCAUGAUAUGCCUGGCCCCGAGAGCGAUGCGGGCACCAUAUACGCAGCCGGGAAUGUGGAAACCUCGACAACGAAGAGCAUCUCUCAAGUCGAGUCACAGCGCCGGGAACCGAUUAAUCGACAAAACACACAGCAGCCUGAGAUUCCGUCAUUAUAUAUGUGGAUGAGGAGUGCCUCGCGAGAUUCACAGUCUCAGCAGCAUUCAAGCGCCCGGUACAAACUCUGCGAGACCCUUUUCCCCAUUCCCUCUGAAGCCGCCCAAACGACAACUGAAGACUGGCUGGACGACGUCAAGCAACACCAUCGGACCGGCUACAAGGAAGUCUUCCUCGCACAUGCCGAGCUGUACCUAGUUGCAAACAGGUUCUCCAUGACUGAACUCAAGGAACUUUGUUUGCACAAACUUCGCCAGAGCCUGUUGCAUGCUCCGCGCACCGAUGAGAUGCUGCGGGCCACAAUCGACACCAUCAGACACGUUUACGCCAAUAUCGAAUCUCGAGACAAUGAUCUCAGAAAGUUGCUUGUGCAUUUCUGUCUGACUGAUAUGGAGUGGAUGACCAGGGAUGAGAAUCUGGAACUAGUGCUGGAGAGCGUCCCAGCUUUCGCCAUUGAUCUGUUUCGCGAGAUCGCCCAUGAAUACUGCAAAUAGCUCAGAGAUGGAGGAACCGCCUGAGAUAUACAUGAGUGCAUCAAGUAGGGGAUAUGGGCGAUGCAUUGGACCAAUGUCGACAAACGCGUUGUCGACGGUCUCUUGCUGUCCUAAUGAGAUGCUUUUCGUUGAUCAUGGUUGGAAACCUGCGAGGCAAACUCAUGUACCCUAUACAAAGCUUGUUCUCCGGAUGAGGGAUUUAUUGGGAAAGAUACGGAACUCAGAUUGAUGAAGGAAGUUUCAGAUCCGAACGAAGCAUUCGAAUACAAACCGUAC